AUGUCUUUUAUUGAAACGAAGAACUAUUUAUCAGAUCGACUUUCAUUUCCUGAAAUUGUUUACAGAAGUGAAUCAAUAUCUCUUCGACAAAACUCAUCAAUAAAUCCUGAAAUAAAACCAUUAUCAUUAUUGCAAAAAUUAUCGUCAUUUUCGACUAGACGAAAUAAUCAAUCAAAUGUUUUAUCUACUGAUAUGGUUCAACAACAAUUGAAUGAAUUACUUAAUGAACCUAUAUCAGAACAAUAUCAACGUCACUUUCGUAAAUAUUUUGGUGGUAAUAUAACUACAAAAACAUUUACGAUUCAUGAAUUCGCUCAUCUGUUUCACGUAACAUCACUACUUACUCGUCUUCUUUGGAUAACACCAAUGUCAGUAAAAGCAUUUAUACUUUUUAAAUUAUUGGAUGUUAAUGAUGAUGGAAACAUUUCUAUAGAAGAAAUUCGUUUAUUUUAUGAACAUUAUUUGUCUGAACUUAGAUUUCUUAAAGAACAAAAUAGAUUAAAUGGAGCUGCUGAUUCACUCUAUCUAAUUAUUAUACCUGAUCAAGAUAAAGAAGAAGAUGAAGAAAAUAGUUGUUUACAACUAUUUUGGAUGUAUAUAAAAAAUAAUACCAGUCGUAUUGCUUUUAUUUUAUUAAAUAUCCCAAUUCGAAUCGGAUCGAUUGUUUAUGUUAUUGUUGAUCGAGUUGGUGUUAUGUUAGUUAACUUUAACUAUACAAUUGCAAUAAGUAAAAUGCUCAAACAAACAAUGACUAUCAUUCGACGAUUAUGUUUUCUUCGUUUAAUUAUACCAGUUGAUGAUCAUAUUGAUCCACAUCGUUUAGUAGGAACAAUAUUAUUUAUUUCUUCCAUAGUACAUACAUUUGGUCAUGUAAUUCAAUUUGCAACCCAUACAGAAGGUAAUGAAUAG